UAAUAACAGACAAUAAGAGUGCAGGGGGUCGGGUUGGGCGCAGCGCGCUCACGCUUGUAAUCCUAGCACUCUGGAAGGCCGAGGAGGAUGGACUGCUUGAGCUCACGAGUUGAAGACCAGCCUGAGCAAGAGCGAGACCCCGUCUCUUAAAAAAUACCCUGAUGUGGCGGGCGCCUGUAGUCCCAGCUACUUGAGAGGGUGAGGCAAGUCAAUCAAUUGAGCCCACCAGUUUCAGGUUGUUGUGAGCUUUGACACCACCCAGGGCGACAAAGUGAAACUGUGCCCCCCCCCCACAAAAAAAAGAGUGCACCAUUUAACCGUUACAGUGGCAGCAUCUAGAGCAAUUUUUUUGAGAAAUCUUUCAGCUAUGAUUGCUCUCUCUCCUCCUCGCCCCCUCCCGGUCCGGGCCUCUCUCUUGCUCCGCCCCCUCUCCAGCCUUGCCAGCGACCUGGCCUUUCAGCGUGUUCCACCCCUCUUUGGCCUGGCCUGGAACCCUCCCUGUCUUCACACACCCUGACCCACCUACCCCUCUGCCCAGUCUCAAAGUGCACCUGCCUUCAUGCCCUAACCCCUCUCCACUCUCGCCUCAGACAUAGCCUCUCUACAGGAUCCACCUACUCUCCAGCCGGCCUCAGACUAGACCUCUCUCCACGCCUUUCUCCCUCCGCUGCCCCGCCUUUACCCGGCCUCUUUCCCGCUUCGUCCCCUCCCAAUAGACUCGCCCUUUUUCUAGGCCCCGCCCUCCUCAGAUACGGCCUCGCUCCAUGCCCCGCCCCUCUCGGGCCGCGCCUCGAGUCCGGCCUCUCUCCACACUCUGUCCCUCUGCCGCCCGCCUCUGAGGCGGCUUCUUUCAGAAUCCUGUCCCCUUCUUGUGGAGCCUCACUCCCCCGCCUCUCUCGACGACCUGCCCGCUCCUCGGCCCCACGCCAUCCCCGGACCCGUCUCAGACACGGCUCUGCCUCUGUCCCGACCUCUUUCCCGGCGCGGCCUCCCCGGGUUGCGCGGGCUGGUCUUUCCACGCGUGCGCAGUUCUGUCAGUCCCACAAGCAGAUCACGUGGAGCAAAGGUUUUCCCCCCGCGGCGAUUAACCUUGCAUUUCGCCCGGGAGCGCUGCGAACCUUGAAAUCCAUGCCCCGUUCCCUCCACCGCAGGAUUGACUUCUUUUAAGAACCCAGUUACAUGAAGAAGCAGCCAAAGAGACCAAGGAAAAGGAUUCAGGAAUGGCUGUUAUUCAGAGGCCUUUGACAUUCAGGGAUGUGGCCGUAGAGUUCUCUCAGGAGGAGUGGACAUACCUGGACCCUGCUCAGAGGACUUUAUACAGGGACGUGAUGUUGGAGAACUAUAGGAACCUGGUCUUUCUGGGUAUCUCUUCUGUAUCUGUGAUAAAUGACUCUCCAUCUACAAAGAGCGGUAGUACAGGGGAAAUAUUCCCCAUGGUCAUGUCAGAAAGGCACAAAAGCCAUGACAUUGAAGACUUGUACUUUAUGGAAAUCCAGAAGAAUAUACAUAACUUUGAGUGUCAAUGGAGAGAUGAUGAAAGACAUUCCAGUAGAGUCCAUAUAACCCCUCAGGGAAACCUCACUGAUAGGAGAGAUCAGCUUGGUGGGAGAGAUUCAGGAAACAAACUUAUGAAUACUCAACUGGGAUUGAACAUCCAGUCAUAUCCACCAGAACUGCAGCUAUUUAAGGCUGAAGAGAAAAUUUAUGAAUGUAAUCACAUGGAGAAGUCUGUCAAAAAUGAUUCCUUGGUUUCCCCACCCCACAGAAUUCCUACUAUGAAACCCUACCUUUCUUAUGAAUAUGAGUUUGAUCUUAUGGAUUCAUUAUUCACACAAAGAGAGAAACCACACAUAGGGACAGAACCUUACAAAUGUAAUGAAUGGGACAAAGCCUUUAAUCAAGGGUUACAUUUCACUAUUCAUCAGAUAAUCCAGUCAGAAGAGAAACAAUUUAAAUGCGAUAUAUGUGCUAAGGUCUUCAAUAAAAAAUCAAACCUUGAAAGUCAUCAGAGAAUCCAUACUGGAGAGAAACCUUAUAAGUGUAGGGAAUGUGGGAAAGUCUUCAAUAACAUUUCACAUCUUGCACAGCAUCGGAGAAUCCACACUGGAGAGAAACCUUACAAAUGUAAUGAAUGUGGCAAGGUCUUCAAUCAGAUUUCACACCUUGCACAACAUCGAAGAAUCCACACUGGAGAGAAACCUUACAAAUGUAAUGAAUGUGGAAAGGUAUUUCAUCAAAUUUCACACCUUGCACAACAUCGGACAAUUCAUACUGGAGAGAAGCCUUUCAAAUGUAAGGAAUGUGGCAAAAUGUUUAGUCGUAAUUCAUACCUUGUACAACAUCUGAUAAUCCAUACAGGAGAAAAACCUUACAAAUGUAAUGAGUGUGGAAAGGUCUUCAAUCAUAUUUCACACCUUACACAACAUCGGAGAAUUCACACUGGAGAGAAACCUUACAAAUGUAAUGAAUGUGACAGGGUCUUCAGUCAUAAGUCAUCCCUAGCAAAUCAUUGGAGGAUUCAUACUGGAGAGAAACCUUUCAAAUGUAAUGAGUGUGGCAAGGUCUUCAGUCGCAAUUCAUACCUUGCUCAACAUCUAAUAAUUCAUACUGGCAUCUCUUCUGCAUGUGUGAUAAAUGAAUUGCCACCUAAAGAGACCAAUAAUGCAGGAGAAAUAUCCCCCACAGUGAUGUUGGAAAGGCACCAAAACCGUGACAUUGAAGACUUUUGCUUUAGGGAAAUCCAGAAGAAUAUACCUAACUUUGAGUGUCAGUGGAGAGAUGAUGAAAGACCUUCCAGUGGGAUCCAUGUGACCCCUCAGGGAAAUCUCACUGGUAGGAGAGAUCAGCAUGAUAGGAAGGAUUCAGGAAAUAAACUUACUAACACUCAACUGGGAUUGAACAUCCAGUCACAACUGGCAGAACAGCAGCUAUUUAAUGGUGAAGAGAAAAUUUAUGAAUGUAAUCCCAUGAGGAAGUCUGUCAACAAAGAUUUCUUAGUUUCCCCACCCCACAGAAUUCCUUCUACUAUCAAACCCCACCUUUCUCAUGAAUAUGAGUAUGAUCUUAUGGAUGCAUUCUUCACACAAAGACAGAAAGCUCGCCUAGGGACAGAACAUUACAAAUGUAAUGAGUGUGGUGAGGCCUUUAAUCAAGGCUUACAUUUCACUAUUCAUCAAAUAAUGCAUGCAGAAGAGAAACAAUUUAAAUGUGAUGUACGUGCCAAGGUCUUCAAUAACAAAACAAACCUUGCAAGUCAUCGGAGAAUACGUGGUGGAGAGAAACCUUACAAGUGUAAUGCAUGUGGCAGGGGCUUCAGUCAUGAGUCAUCCCUAGCAAAUCAUUGGAGAAUUCAUAAUGGAGAGAAACCUUACAAAUGUAACGAAUGUGGAAAAGUAUUUCAUCGAAUUUCAAACCUUGCACAACAUCAGAUCAUUCACACUGGAGAGAAACCUUACAAAUGUAAUGAAUGUGGAAAGGUCUUCAAUCACAUGUCAUACCUUGCACAACAUCGAAGAAUUCACACUGGAGAGAAACCUUACAAGUGUAAUGAAUGUGGCAAGGUCUUCAAUCAAAUGUCAAACCUGGCACAACAUCGUUCAAUUCAUACUGGAGAGAAACCUUACAAAUGUAAUGAUUGUGGAAAGGUCUUCCGUCAAAGUUCAGUCCUUGCACAACAUCGGACAAUUCACACAGGAGAGAAACCUUACAAAUGUAAUGAAUGUGGCAAGGUGUUCAGUCAGAAUUCACACUUUGCAAAUCAUCGAAGGAUUCAUACUGGAGAGAAACCUUACAAAUGCAAUGAAUGCGGCAAGGUCUUCAAUCAAAGUUCACACCUUGCACAACAUCGGAGAAUUCACACUGGAGAGAAACCUUACAAAUGUAACGAAUGUGGCAAGUUAUUCAGUCGCAAUUCAUACCUUGUGCGACAUCUAAUAAUUCAUACUGGUGAGAAACCUUAUAAAUGUAAUUAAUGAAUGUGGCAACGUGUGCAGUCAAAAUUCAUACUUUGCAAGUCAUUGAGGAAUUCAAACUGGAGAGAAACCUUGCAAAUGUAAUGAAUGUGGCAAGGUGUUCAGUCAGAAUUCAUACCUCGUAGAACAUACAAUAAUCCAUACGGGAGAGAAACCUUAGAAAUGUAAUGAAUGUGGCAAGGUAUUAGUCAAAAUUACUUUGUGCAACACCUAGUAAUUCAUAGCUUGUGAGAAACCUUAUAAAUAUAAAGAAAGUGGAGAUGUCUUUAGUGUAAACUCCUCCUUAGCUCUUCAUCAGAGAGUUCAUACUGGAGAGAAACCAUACAAAUAUAAGAAUUGUAGUGAAACCUUUAGCGUGCAUUAAAGCCUUACUACUAUCACGCAGUGCAUAUUGGAGAAACAUUUGAAUGUAAUGAAAUGAAUGUGGCAAGUGUUUUAGUGAAAAUUUAUAGCUACCACAUCAUCAGAAAUUUUAUGUUGGGAAGAAAUCUUAUUAAUGUGACAAUUUAAUUAAUGUGGGAAGAUAAUGUUCUCAGUAUUAAGGCCUUGGAAUCCAUUGGAUAAUUCAUGCUAGAAAGAAACUUGCAAGUGGAAUGAAUGUUGCAAAGCCUUUAGUUGUCAUGCAGGGGACCCAACCUUUUGACUUCUCUGGCCCACAUUGGAAGAAGAGUUAUCUUGGGCCGUACAGUAAAUACACAGACACUAAGAAAGGUGAUGAGCAAAAAUAAAUGUCUGGGUAUAAUUUUCAUGGUAUGUGUCAUAAGGAGACAUAUGUAAAAGUCCUUACAUAAUUCGCAUAUAGCUUACGGGCUGCAGAUUGGACACACUACAUUUAGACAUAGACCAAAGUGCAACAUUAAUUAUUCUUUAAAUGAAGAUGAAUUCAAAUGUCUUCUAAAGUCUUACCGUUUUCCCGACUGUUCCACACCUGACAGAACAUUUUGAAAGAGGAAACAAAAGGCCUGUAAUUGAUUACAAUCUUUAUGUAAAAAGAACGUUUUAUAGUAACUUUCUGAGUGCAUGUAAGGUUAAUUUGAAGUGACAGCAUAUUCGGAAAUUUUAGCAUAUUACCGUCAACAAAGUUUAUCUCAAAGGUAUUUGAGGUUCGCUCAUGUGUAUACAAGUUUUAUGAAGAACUGUGUUGUUAAUAUCUACUUUUACAAAGUUGUUGCCUUUUUAAAACCUAUAGUUGGUGACCUAACUUAUCAUUGGCCUUAACCCUCCACGCCACACACCCCAGGCGUUGUCCCUGUGCCAGUCUCUGAACUGAGUCCGAGAUUGACUUCCUCUGGAGCAAACAGAGAAGGGAGGUGGAAAGGAUUUCUGGUCUGUUGGGUGUGAGCAUGAAAUUCUACACUCUGCCCAGAGUUUUGCAUUUCACAUUUUAGUUUGCAUCCCCAUCACAGGCAGUUCUACAGCUUUUGAAUAAAACUGCUAAUAUAAGUUUUGGUUCCACAUCCAGGAACUUUUGUGGAUCCAAUUACUGCCUCAUACUGACCCUCCCAGAUAGAGCCCAGGUCCCAGAUCUCUGACUUCUUACAGCCUCACUAGCGGGUCUUGCCUGCAAAAUCCAGAAAACAGACAUGCUCCGGACAGGAGGCAGAGAAAUGUGGGAUGUACAGGCCCCACACUGCCUGGGCCUGCCAGGCAGCUGCAGAGUUUCCAGUAAACCCAGGAGAUCACCUGGAGACCGGUUCUUGGAGUGCAGCUGUUUUUUCCCACCUAUAUUAAUGUAGCAGCUGUUCCCUGAUUCCUUUCUCGCCAUCUGAAUUCCCAGGUGACUCAAAUUCAGCCUAUUUUAUGCCAUCUCCUGCCUAAUCUCUCAGCUGUUUUUUUUGUUGUUGUUGUUGUUGUUGUUGUUUGCAGUUUUUGGCUGAGGCCAGGUUUGAACCUGCCACCUCCAGUAUAUGUGGCCGCUGCCCUACUCCUUUGAGCUGCAGGCACCGCCCCUCAGCUGUUUAUAAUAUAGAAUCACUUUGCACCUCUAACAUCUUAAAUUUAAAGCUGGGUUUUGCACUCGUGCACCUUCUAUACCUUGGAUCUGGCAGUCCCUACAGACCUUAAAAUCCCUGUACUGCCCCCUUGACAGACCUCCCUGUGAGAGUCUCAGAAUCAAAUCACUUUGGGUAAAAUCAUUCUGAGGAAGAUUUCUGCCUUCAGCCAUGUACAAAGUCUGACAGUUAAGUUCAAGAACUCACCUUAGGAAAAGUGCUACUAAUCUCAAUGUAGAGUAUCACUACAUUCACUUUUUAUUUUUUUUUUGAGACAGCGUCUUUAUCGCCCUCAGUAGAGUGCUGUGGUGUCACAGCUCACAGCAAAAUCAAACUAUUGGGGUUACGUGAUUCUCUUGCCUCAGUCUCCCAAGUAGCUGGGGCUACAAGUGCCCGCCACAACACCCAGCUAUUUUUUUGUUGCAGUUGUCAUUGUUGCCUAGCUGGCCCAGGCCAGGUUCAAACCCGCCAGCCUUGGUGUGUGUGGCUGGCACCAUAACCACUGCUACCGGUGUUGAGCCCAAACUCUUAAGCUUAAGUGAUUCUCUUGCCUUAGCCUCCGGAGUAACUGGGACUACAGGCGCCUGCCACCAUGCCUGGCUAGAAAUGAGAUCUCACUCUUGGUCAGGUUUGAACUUGUAAGCUCAGGCAAUCCAUCCACCUUGGCCUCCCAAGUGCUGGGAUUUACAGGUGUGAGCCACCCCACUGUGCCUGGCCUCUACAAUCCUUUUCAAAGUACUCACCCUGGAAAGCUAUGCACCAAUGCCAGUGCCUAGGCCACCCUUCAAAGCAAUUUUGGAAAUCUUUUUCUGGAAUGGCAUCAGAACUCUCAUAUUAUCCUUUGUGUCCUGAAUGUCAUCAAAAUAUCUUUUUUUUUUUUUUUUUUGCAGUUUCUGGCCAGGGCUGGGUUUGAACCCACCACCUCCAGCAUAUGGGCCCGGUGCCCUACUCCUUUGAGCCACAGGCACCACCCAUCAAAAUAUCUUUUUUUCAACAUUUCCCUAUUUUCUGGUAAAGGAAAAAGUCAUUGGAGCCAGGUGCAGUGGCUCACACCAGCACCCUCUUUGGUCGAGCCCGGCAGAUUGAUCUCAGGAGUUCAAGACCAGCCUAAGAUUGAGACCUGUCUCUCCUAAAAACACAAACUAGCCAGGGGUGGUGGUGGUGGGUGCCUAUAGUCCCAGCUACUGCGGAGGCUGAGGCAGGAAGAUCACUUGAGCCCAGGAGUAUGAGGUUCUUGUGAGCUAUGGCACCUCGGCACUUUACCCAGAGUGACAGUAUGAGACACUGUUUCAAAAAAAGAGAAAAAGAUUCCACAUUUACUAGGAUUCACAUAUACCCUUGUAAAAUGCACCGCAGGUGUAAUCCCAUUAAUCCCCCUCCCUCCCCCCUCCCUCCCCUCCCUUUGCCCCUUCUCCCUAUUCUUAGGUUGUAACUGGGUUAUAGCUUUCAUGUGAAGGUCCUACAUUAGUUUCAUAAUAAGGGUGAGUACAUUGGGUACUUUUUCUUCCAUUCUUGAGACACUUUACUAAGAAGAAUAUGUUCCAGCUACGAAAGCUAUGUUAACUAGUGUGAUGAAAAUGUGUCAAACAAUCUAUGAACCAAGUGUAUGGUGUCCCAUGAUCAUACUAAUGUACACAGCUAUGAUUUAAUAAAAAAAUUAAUUAAUUUAAAAAAAAGAAAAUAAAAAACAGUGAGGGUCAGAUCAAUUGAGUAGGGAGGGUGUUCCGAUACAGUUAUUUGAUUACUGGGUAAAAACACCUUCAGAGUGCUAGGGGUCACAUUUGUUAGUAUUGUUAUUCAAUUUUUAUUAUGUCCUAUUCAAAUAUAUAUUUGUUCACAUUUGAAUUUCGCUUGAUGUUGUAAUAUGUGGUGACAAUGUUAAAGUAUAUUCCAAUUCUGUAAUCCCAGGAAAUAAUAAAAAAGAAUUCCUGCAACCCA